ACCUGCCAUUCGCGCGCCGUCUCCCGGCAACGGGAGCGCGCGCCGCCAGCGCACAAUUCCCGCCAGCGCAUAAUGCACGCCCGCCUCUAGCCCCGGCGCGCUAGCGCAGGCAGGCAGUCUGGAGGAGAGAGCCGCGGAAGCCGCUCGCCCGCCAGACAGAGAUCGCUCGUAGCUUCAAAUGGGAGGAGUUUUGAGCAAGCUCCGCUCCCCGCAGCCCGCCCCCAAUCCGGAAGCAAGGAGACGGCGCCCACCCGCGCGCCGGGCCUUCCUCGCAAGCCACCCCCGCCCCACAAGCCCCGCCCCGCCUUCCCCCUGGGCCCGCCGAGAUCCCAUUCAGCCCUCAGUCCCCAGUCGUUUCGUCGGGUCCCGUCGGAGGCCUUCCCACCGGGUCUGUAGGACUUCACCACACCACUUUGGCAUAACACGUCCAAGACGAUACCCAGUCCAGCAGGGCCGGUAUUCCUGUGUGCUUCCCACGCUGUGCCGGAAUGGCGGUCACAGGAAGCGUGUGCUGUCUCGCGGUCAUUCCAGAGUGGUGUGCAGGCCUUCGACAGUGAGGAUCGCUCCUCCCGGGAGCAACCUGGCUCGUUUUCCAAUAGCAGUGCAGAUCCCUAAGGCCCCAGACUCGUGGUCAAAGGAGGCUGUUCUGCUGGCCCUCGAAUGUUGGAAGAGGAAGAAAAGGACAGUGGAGGAGGAGGAAGACCAAACAUCUGCUGCUGGUCAGGAGGAGAAAAGAAGGUGCCAUGACAGCAGUGGGAGUGGCCAUUCAGCUUUGAAGCCCGAGGUGGCCAAUGGAGUCCCUGCUGCUUUUGUGCCUGAGCCUGGGCCUCUGAAGAGAGACCUCAGUUCCCAGAGCUCAGAUGGUGAACUGCAUAAGAGACCCUGCUCCUCUGCUGUGAGCUGCUCGAAGGGCACGUGCGCAUGUGGCAUCCGUAUGUCCAGCCGCAAUGCCAUUACCAGUUCCUACACUUCUACUGGAGGCAUCUCUCAGCUCUGGAAGAGGCGUCCCAGUGCCUCACCCUUCUCCAGCCCAGCCUCCUCCUGCUCACAGACACCAGAGUGUCCAGAAAAGAAGAUGAGAGAAGAGGACGGUCCUCAGGGAUCUGGCUCUUCCGCUCCGCCGGUAAACAAGGAGUCCCAGGGAGAACAGACCACCACCUCGGACUUUGGAGCUACGACCCAGACCAACAGCAGCGGUGGCAGCACAACCUCAUCACACGUCACAUCUGGGGUGUCAGCAGGCCCCGCUGCCAGUGGGGACUUUGGGAUGAGCAUGUCAGCCCCCCACAGCAGCUCCACCACUAGUGCAUUCAACUUUGUGGCAGGACGGAGUGGGAGAACUGGUGGCACGGCCCAUUUCUGGGGAUGCCUGAGUGAGAACUCCCUUGGUGCUGGCCAGAGCACACUGUUUGCCAUCUACGUGGCCAGCACACCUCAGAACACGUCUGUGCUUGCAGCCAUCACCUCCGGCUUUGGAGCUGUGACCCAGCCCACCAGCUGUGGGACCAGUACAUCCGGGUUUGGCAGCACCAUCUCAGCGCCCUUCACAUCUAUGGUGUCAGCAGGCCCCACUGGCAGUGGCGGACUUGGGACAGGCGUGCCUGCCCCCCACAGCAGCCCUACCACCGGGGCACUUGGCUUUGGGUCAGGGCGGAGUGGGAGAACUGGUCCCAAGAACCCCUUUUGGGGAGCCUUAAAACCGAGCUCCCUGGGUGCAGCUGGCCAGAGCACACCAACUGCUUUCCAUGUGGCCAGCACGCCUCAGAACACGAAACUGAGGCCAUGGCCGCAAUUUCAGAGUCUGUACGAGGGACCUCAGCUGGGGUUGAAGACUUUGCAGGCACAGGAACAUAGGCGCGAAGAAGAGACCAAGUUGUAUUUUCAUGAGCAGAGAAGAGCCAGUGUGGCUAGAGCCAUCACCUCGGCCUUUGCAGCUAUGACUCUGACCACCAGCAGUGGGAGCAGUAGGUCAGUGGUCGGCAGUACUUCUUUAUCACCCAUCACGUCCAGGGUGUCAGCAGGUCCCGCUGGCAGUGGGGGUUUUGUGAUCAGCAUGGCUGCCCCCGACAGCAACUCCACCACUGGGUCAUUCGGAUUUGGGUCAGGAUGGAGUCGGAGAACUGGUCUCAAGAACCCUUUCUGGGGCGCCUUGAAUCAGAACUCCCUGGGUGCAGCUGGCCAGAGCACACCCACUCCCAUCCACGUGGCCAGCACACCUCAGGACACGUCUGGGAUUGCAGCCAUCACCUCGGCCUUUGCAGCUAUGACCCUGACCACCAGCAGCGGGACCAGUACAACAGGGUUUGGCAGCACCAUCUCAGUGCCCUCCAGGUCCAGGGUGUGA